AGCCCCGACAUUUUUCUGGAAGUUGUUCUUAUACUACAGUUUGUGGGCAAACCCUCAACCUCAACUUUGACCAAUCGGGUUUUCAUCACUGCUCUGGCUAUGGCGGCUGUGGCUCCCGGAAUCAUAGUACCCCUUUCGAGCGGUGGGCAAUCCAAGCUUCAAUAUCAGAGUGAAUUCUCCUCUGCUGCUCCUUGUGGUGCUGCUGGUGCUUGUUCUCGGAAGCAAAGUGUGUUGCUGACACGCUCAGUUCCAAGAUUGCUAGUAAAGGCCAAUGCAGCAGCUCUAUGUGCAUCCAGCUUGGUGAAGGAAGACUCUGAGGUGGUUCCGGAGCACUCGGUAUCUGUGAUCUUACUUGCUGGUGGCGUAGGGAAGCGGAUGGGGGCUGAUAUGCCAAAACAAUAUUUGCCUCUUCUAGGACAGCCUAUUGCGCUAUACAGUUUUUAUACAUUUGCUAACAUGCCUGAAGUUAAGGAGGUUGUGGUGGUUUGUGACCCAUCAUUCAAGCAUCUGUUUGAAGAAGCUAGCAAAAACAUCAAGAUAGUCGUAAAAUUUGCUCUACCUGGCAGGGAGAGACAAGAUUCUGUUUUCAGCGGGCUCCAGGCUAUCAGUGAUGACUCGAAGCUAGCUUGUAUCCAUGAUUCUGCGCGACCUCUUGUCCUUGGGCAUGACAUACAGAGGGUUUUGAGAGAUGCCUGGGUGCAUGGAGCUGCCGUUCUUGGAGUACGUGUUAAAGCCACUAUCAAAGAGGCAGGAAGCGAUCACUUCGUCAAAAAGACAUUGAACAGACAGAACUUGUGGGAAAUGCAAACACCUCAGGCUAUAGAACCAUCACUACUUCGUCAGGGAUUCGGACUUGUUGAGAGGGAUGGAUUGGAGGUCACAGAUGAUGUUUCCAUUGUGGAGUUUUUGAAGCGUCCAGUGUUCAUCACAGAGGGCUCUUACUCCAACUUGAAAGUAACUACACCAGACGACAUGCUGGUCGCAGAGAGGAUCCUCCAAUCCGCCAACUAAGAUGGAUCAAUCAGUCCAUUCAGAUUUUAGUUUUCUUCUCGCAUCAUCGUCACUGGCGUUUGAAUCUUCGUGUCCAGCUCGGGCUCCUCGGUUUGUUGCUCCUGUUCUUGCUCUUGCUCGUCCUGCUGCUGCUCCUGCUCGAUCUUGUCUUGAAUUUGCGGACGUUUGCGUCUAAACUCGCUCCUGAGGUCCGGUCCUAUGAUCUCGAUUCUACUGAGAAUUGUGUUCUUGGCAGUCUCUUCGUCCAUUCCACCCUCGACCAGCUUAAUAAAUUCUUCUCCCUGGAAGAAAGAAA